AGAGAUCACGGUCACACACACUUGCGGUGUAGUUGAGCUGAGUGAAGGAGGAAGAGAAGAAAGGCAUGGCGAUAACACUCAACAAUGGCUUCAAGAUGCCCAUCAUUGGAUUGGGUGUGUGGCGCAUGGAAGGAAAAGAAAUCAAGGACCUAAUUCUCAAUGCCAUUAAAAUCGGUUAUCGCCAUUUCGAUUGUGCUGCUGAUUACAAGAACGAAGCAGAAGUUGGAGAGGCGCUUAAGGAGGCUUUUGAUAGUGGUCUUGUGAAGAGGGAGGACCUUUUUAUUACCACCAAGCUUUGGAAUUCCGAUCAUGGACACGUUCUUGAGGCGUGUAAAGACAGUCUUAAGAAGCUUCAGUUAACUUAUCUAGAUUUGUAUCUUGUUCAUUUUCCUGUUGCCGUAAGGCAUACUGGAGUUGGUAAUACUUCUAGUCCUUUGGGUGAUGAUGGGGUCCUGGACAUAGAUACCAGCGUAUCCCUGGAAACUACCUGGCAUGCGAUGGAAGAUCUUGUUUCAUCUGGCUUGGUUCGCAGCAUAGGGAUCAGCAACUAUGAUAUCUUUCUGACCAGAGAUUGUUUAGCAUAUUCCAAAAUAAAGCCUGCUGUAAAUCAGAUUGAAACUCAUCCGUACUUCCAGCGUGAUUCUCUAGUCAAAUUUUGUCAGAAGCACGGGAUUUGUGUCACUGCUCACACUCCACUAGGAGGUGCUGCAGCAAACAAAGAAUGGUUUGGUUCAGUUUCAUGUUUGGAUGACCAAGUUUUCAAAGCUCUGGCUGAAAAAUACAAAAAGACUAUUGCCCAGAUUGCUCUUCGCUGGGGCAUUCAAAGGAACACUGUGGUCAUUCCUAAAACAUCAAAACUGGAGAGGUUGGAAGAGAACUUUCAGGUUUUUGAUUUUGAGUUGUCUACAGAAGACAUGAAGAUCAUUGGAAGUAUAGAUAGAAAAUAUAGAACUAAUCAACCAGCUGUGUUUUGGGGCAUAGAUCUGUAUGCAUGAGAAUACCCUUCCAAAAUCCUAAGUUUGUAUGGCGAUCCCUCUAAUAUGCAGAAAUAUCAUGGCUCUUUGACCUUGAGACUUGUGUUUGCAUUCAGAUUAUGUAUAAGCUGAUCUUCCAGGUACCUUAGUAGCUCAUUUGAUUCAGAUAUGUCGUUAAGUUACUUUCUUGGCCCAUAUCAAAUCUUGUGGACUAAUUAAGGGAGAUUUCAGAAUAUUUUGUUACUUAA